AGCAACGUACCCAGGGGCGGACUGACCAUUUGGAAACUCGGACACUGCCCGAGGGCCCGGGGUCAGUAGGGGGCCCCAUGAGAUGCCCCUGGUACCUUUUUCAUAGGCUUUUUUGAGUUUGGGCAAGGACACAGGGGCCCCAUGAUCCCUUAUUUCCCAGGGGGCCCCAUGAGUUGUCAGUCCGCCCCUGAAUGUACCUCCUCAUCAGUGCAGCCUCAUCAGUGCCCAUCGAUGCAGCCUAUCAGUGCCCAUCAGUGCAGCCUCAUCAGUGCACAU